GUUGUACACUCUUUUCAUCUGGUCCUUAUUCUUACAUUUCUACAUUACUUAUCUUCCCCGCGCAUAGGUCCGCUCGGUCGAGGCCCAAUGAGACCGCAAGGGCACAAACUUGAUACCUGGUACCCUCGAGGCUGGCUCAGUGUCUAGAGAGAGAGAGUAAAACGACCGCUACCAAGGGAUCAUAUUACGAGUCAAUAGUAUCUUUUGCACUCUCUACUACAAGUCCACAGCCUACCUACUGCCCGUUCGGCAUUGGCAUCAUAAAUGAUAAAGCUGACCUGACAGGUCCUCAUCAUGCGCGCUGGCGCGGCUGAGGGCGCUUAAUCAAAACCACUACUGCACACUAUGCUUUGUUAGUUAGAAGACGCGAGUCCCUAAUCUGGCAUGGUCCAACCGACAAUGCAGGAGAGAGGCACAGUUGCGGCAGUAAUGCUACCUACCCAACCACAUCUCAGGAUCCGAUGCUGAUUGGCCUGCUCGGUUCUUUUCCUGACUGAUCAUGCCAAAAAACAUCUUGCUAAAGGUCCACACCGGCCGCGUCGGGAUAGAAGAUAGCACAAGUUCCUUCAGGCUUUUUAUCCUUUCCUUCCCUUCUCCACCGAUCCUCCUUCCUUUCUCUCCGUAGAUUACAAGUUGGGGCUUCACCAGUCACUCGCCAUCAUGGAACAGGACCCUAGAAGUUAUCCCGUAGCUAUUCUUCCAGGGGGGGAUGCUCCUGAGGUCCACCAACACCAAACCCAAGCAUAUUUCAAGUCAUACGAACAGCAGCAGCCAUACUACCAAAAUCAGUACCCGCAGUCCCACACCAUUCUCGGCGCUGAGGACCCCGUCGAGCCCAAGGAAAAGAGGAUAUGUGGUGUUCGACUGAGCAUUCUCUUCUUCGUCACCACGGGACUACUGUUCCUUGUCAUUGCGGCGCUAGCUUUGGUUGGAGGUUUACUGGGAAGCAAGAUCUCCUCGCUCGAGACAUCGUACCCAGCACUCGCCAGUAAUGUUGCCGCGAUAGCCGGAGGGAGCACAAGUGGCGGGAACGACCAGAUUGCACCCAUCGACGACAAUACCAACACCGGUACCGAAACACCGCCGCCAUCACAAACAAGCAGUGCGCCGGUAUCUUACUCGACCAAUGUCGUUGUUGAUGGCUACCGCUAUGUUGGCUGCUAUUACGACGACACCCAGCGCCUGCUGAUUGACCAGCCGGCAAAGGGGAACAGCUCCAUGACGAACCUUAUGUGCUCUCGCAUCUGCGCGGGCUUCAAAUACUUCGGUACUGAGAUUGGCAUCGAUUGCUACUGUGGCAACAGAAUAGAGGAGCGCACUCCUAGUGCCAAAGCAAACGAGUGGGAUUGCAGCGUCAAGUGCCCAGGCAACAAUAGGGGGAGGAAAGAAGUGUGUGGCGGCGAUUGGUCGAUUACCCUUCGCAGGCCACUGUCAUCCCGCCUAGUCCCAAAAAUCCCACACCAAAAAAGACCCUACGCCUUCCAGACCUCUGGCAUCCCCACCUCCUUCCAGGUCUUCAACAACCGCACAAAAUGGCUCCAGCGCGAGCGCGCCGCCUCCAACGCUGAAGCCAGCCGACAGGCCGACUAUCUGAAAGAUGAAGUCGCCAUGCGCGUGGCCGAACGGCUCUUGGACGUAAAACGAACCUUUCCCUUGACUCUCGAUUUCGGAGCCUACACCAACUCCCUCGCCCGCGCGCUCACAAACCCCAACCCUGACCCCUCCCAGCCCGACGCGGACAUCCCACCCCUGGCCACCAAAAUCGGCAAGCUCGUCGCUGCCGACUCGAGCCAAAAGGCUCUCUUCCGGGACGCGGAACUCGAGUUCAACAAGGAGAUCAACAUGGAGCGUGUUGUCUUGCCGUACGAGGAGGGCCCCUUGCCGUGGGAGAACAACACGUUUGACAUGGUGCUGUCAAGCCUGUCCAUGCACUGGAUCAAUGAUCUCCCUGGUGUAUUGGGGCAGAUCAACCGGAUUCUCAAGCCGGAUGCCCCGUUUAUUGGGGCCAUGCUGGGGGGUGAUACGCUUUUUGAGCUGAGGACUUCGUUGCAGCUGGCGGAGCAGGAAAGGAGGGGCGGGAUUGGCGUUCAUGUGUCGCCGUUGGCAGAUGUCAAGGAUGUUGGGGGGUUGCUGGGGAAGGCAGGGUUCAAGAUGUUGACGGUGGAUGUGGAGGACAUUGUGGUGGAAUACCCUGAUACUUUUGCGUUGAUGGAGGACCUCCAGGCCAUGGGAGAGGGCAAUGCAGUGUUGGGGAGGGAGGUGGGUGCAAUUGGAAAGGAUGUUCUGCUUGCAGCGGAGGGGAUAUAUAGGGAACUUCAUGGAAGCAAGGUCGAGGACGGGACUGUGAGGCUACCGGCGACAUUCAGGGUGAUACAUAUGAUUGGGUGGAAAGAAGGAGGGGAUCAACCAAAGCCGUUGCCGAGGGGCAGUGGAGAGAUCAAUCUAAGGGAUGUGUUGGGGACAAAAUAG